ACCACACCACAUCCUUGCCAUUGUCAGGAUGUGGGUGAGAUGGCAGCAACAGCAACAAUACAGCACAGCCAUGGCUUUCCCCAUAAGCUCUGCGGAACUUGCACAGGCAUUAGCGACUUAAUAAUUAAACUGUUCCAAUCUCUUGCCUUACUGCCACUCCUCCUCUUCUAUAUCCCAUGAGCUUCUCGACAAUCCCACCGAUGCGCGGCAUUGAGCCAUGAGCGGUCCUCAUCGAGGUCCCCGAUGGACCUCACAAGACGGUAGGCCGCUAGACGGUAGACCGUUAGACGGUAGGCUGGUAGACGGUAGACCGCUUGCUAACGGUCGUUUAGGCGCAGAGCUGUCGCCUCCUCGAGGGCUGCACGCUCGUCUUCCGUCAUACGAGGAUCAACACGGGCAGGCGGACCAGGCUCAGGCCGCGCAGCAGCCGCUGUACUGGGAGCCGCAGCAACAACAACAGCAACAGCAACCGCAGCAGCGCCAGCUGCAACAAUGGCAGGAGCCACCGCAGCGGAUGCCGCCGGCGCCAGUGCCGUACGGCCAGCGGCAGCAGCAGCAGCAGCAGCCUCCUCGGUCAGGCCUGAGCACUCGACCGCGGGCGACAGCCAGUGCGUCGUACGAGCAACGGCCGUCGUACGAGCAACGGCCGUCGUACGAGCAACGGCCAUCGUACGAGCAACGACCGUCGUACGAGCAACGGCCACCGUACGAGCAACAGCCGUCGUACGAUCAACGGCCGUCGUUCGAGCGAAGGCCGUUCUCCGCAGCUCCCGGUUACGGCGCGAUGCGCUCGUACAGCACGGAUACCCCUCCCGAGGUCUUUAAUCCGCGGCCGCUUUCGGCAGCAGCGGCCGUGCCACGUGGCCGGAGCGUGUGCGACGAUGACGAUAGGUACGGCGGAGACGACGCCACGUCAGCCCGACAACCGGAAGGCCGACCUAUAGUUGACCGACCUAUAGAAGGUCGACAGACGGGCAUUUCUCCCGGAUAUUCCGCAAACCCUUAUCAGGCCCCUUAUCCUGCUCCUUAUCAGCCCCCUUAUCAAGUCCCUUAUCAGCAACCGCAGGCGCCUUACCAUCACCCACAGCUCAGUCCCCACGGCGGGGAUCGCGCGUUGAAAAAGCCUCUUAGCCCCCGGCAGGGGAGGAGCCCUCGAGCCCUCAGCCCCCUCGCCAGCGCGGCCUUUGGAAUCCGCGGAGGGUACGGCCUCGCGCCCGGGAGGGGGAGGGAGGAGUCCGCGUACGGGGAAGACGAGGAGGGGGAGGAGGAGGAGGGGCGGGAGCGCAGCUUGCGCGCGGGGAUACUGAGAGGCGCGGCGGCGAUCCGAGAGCGCCAAGCGGGCUCGUCGGACGACGGCGCGAGCAGCUCGCCCACGUCGAUUGGCUCCCCCGGGUUUCUGCCCGGGGGAGGGGGAGGGGGAGGCGGAUGGAGCGGCGGAGGCGGGGGGGGCCUAGGCGGCGUGGGAGGAUUUGGAGGCGGCGGAGGGGGAUCUGAGCCGUCAAAUCGACCUAGUACUUCGAGCAGCACCAGCAGCACCAUGAGCGGCGGCGGCGGAGGCGGCGGCGGCGGGUUUGGCGGAGCGGGGAGCAGCAGUAGCAGCAGCAGCACGGGAGUGACGGUCAUACGCGGGGUGAUGGCGGGGGGAUCCGUGGGUCGAACGGGGGGGACCACGCUAGCGGGAAAGCAGGUUGUGAUUCGGAUCCGUCCGAGGGGCGGCUCUAUAGACGCGUCUCUCGGAGGGGGUUCUGGCAGCAGCGGUGGCGGCGGCGGCAGUGGCGGCGGCGCUAGCGGGCUAACGGACCUUGGCAGCGCGGCAGCGGGUUUCACGGCGACGGUGACAGCUGUGCUGCCAGCUGGCGCGGGCUCCCCCCAGUCCCCGUCCAGCGCGCGCAGGCGGGAGGCGGGGGGGAUGGGCGCACCUGGGGGCGCGGGGUCACCAGUGAGGGCGCUAGAGGCGUUGGGGAGGCACUCCUUUGCGGGGAGUAGCGGGGCAGGGUUCAGUGGUGAGGGUGAUGUGCAGAGGGCCGGGUCCGAGGAUUCAGCUGCGGAAAACUAUUCCCGAGAGUCCAACCUCACUCUUCCUGGUAAGCGGAGCGACGGCUCGGCCGAGCCUAGGCCCAAAGGCAUGACGCGGCUAGGCUCGGUGGCGGCUGCCGAAGCAGCGGCUGCUGCGAUUGCCGUGGCAGACGCGGCGGCUGUGGCACAAGCAGGCAAGGCGGGCUGGGAGCCGCCGCUAAGCCCCACAGGGGUACCAUCCAUCCCCCCAGAGGGCCGUUUAAGCAGCGAGGGGGAUGUUUUUCUGGAGUACCUUCGCAAGGCGGGGGAGGGCCGGGCGGCGGCGCAGUACGACGUUGCUGUGUGCUAUGGGGGAGGGUUUGGCGUGAAGCAGGACAAGUCGCUCGCCACGUACUGGUUCAGGAAGGCGGCAGAGCAAGGGCUGGCGCGCGCGCAGUACGCGCUGGCAGAGUGCUACGAGACAGGGGCUGGGGUGGAGAGGGACGAGGAGGAGGCUUUCCGCUGGUUCUUCCGGGCGGCUAGUUUCGGCAGCGGGAAAUACUUAGUUAAGCUCGGGCUGUGCUUCGAGCGUGGGUUCGGCGUGACGGAGUGCCCCGUGGCGGCGCUGUACUGGUACCACAAGGCGGCGGAGCAGGGGCCUAAAUUCGCGGCGCAGGUGGAGAAGCGGAUGGAGGUGCUGCAGCGGCAGAGGGAGGAGGAGAUUAUAGGCGCGAGGGGGCAGGACGUGCCGGUGGAGUGCAUCUGCCCGCUGACUGGCCGGGUGAUGGAGGACCCCGUGGAGCUCCCCGAGACGGGCGUGUGCUGCGAGCGCGAGCAGGUCAAGACGUUCUGGGACCACUGCGAGCUGCGGUGCCCGGUUACCAACCAGCCUCUCAAGGUAAAGGACAUGAAGACAAAUUUGGCCAUCCGGCGUCGAGUCACCGAGUGGAAGCGCAAGCGGCAGGCGGAGCAGGACGCAGCGCAGGCCUCACUGCGCAAGCGGCAGGCGGAGCAGGACGCAGCGCAGGCCUCACUGGUGCCCCGGGCGGCCACCUGCCAGCCUGUUCUCAGCCAUGAGUGGGGGCAAGGGGGAGAGGAGGGGGAGGAGGAGGGGGCUGAUGGGGAGGACGAGGAGGCGGAGGGCGUGAGCGGGAGUGCGUUGCACAAGUGCGUGUCAGAGGGCGUGGGGGUGAGGGGAAAGGGAGUGGGUGGAGAGUGGAAAGAGGGGGAGAGGAGAAAGAGCCGGUUCUCGAGGGAUCUUUCCGAGGAAGGGGAGAGGAGCGGGGCGAGUGAGAGCGAGGGGGAAGAGGAGGGGGGGGGGGAUGGUCUUGAUGGGAGGUCAAGGUCGAGAGGUGGAGGGAAUACUCGGAAUGAGUAUGAAGGGGAGAGGAGGAGAGAGGAGAGGAGAGAUAGGCAUAGUGAUAGUGAGACGGGCUCGUAUGUCAGUGAUGAGGAUUAUGACGAUGAUUAUGAUGUUGGGGAGGGGCGGAGUUCCCAGGACAAGAAGAAAAGUUAUGAUGAUAAGUAUGUUGAUGAGGAUGAGGAUUAUACUUCUAGUGAGUACGACAGAAGCGAGGAUGGAUCGACAGACAGCGAGGGGAACAGGAAGGGGAGCAAUCACAGGAGCAGCUUGAGGAAAGGGUCCGGGCGAGGGGAUGGCAGUGGGAGGCGGCGAAAGGAUGACGAUGGGUCGGAUUACAGUGGCAGUGACUAUAGCCAUAGUGACUCUGACGAAGAGGAAGGGGAGGAUGGCAAAGGUGGCCGGUUCCGGAGAGAGAAAGGGAGGAGCAGAGGCGCGGGUUCUAGGUCGGGUGGAAGUUCAAACGGGGAGGAAGAGGAGGGGGAGGAGGAAGGGGAGGAGGUGGCGGUUGGGCGGGCCUUGGCCCGGGAUUCAUCUCAUGACGCCUCUCACAGCUACAGCCGAGAUGCGUCUCACAGCUACAGCCGAGAUGCGUCUCACAGCUACAGCCGUGGGUCGUCCAUGGGGUACAGUGAGAGUGUGCCUUCCCACCCGUCCAUGCCGCGAGAUGAGUCCCGGGACGAGUCUGUGGGGCGCGGAGAGUCGAUGGGGCGGGGUGAGUCGAUGGGGCGGGAUGUGUCGAUGAAGCGGGAUCAAUCUGUGGAGGGGGGUGGGGCUAUCAGAAAAGAAGGGUAUGUGUCAGGUGAGGAGGAGGGAGAGGGGGCUGGAGUGAGAACAGGAGAGGAGGAAGAGGGCCAGGAGGGAGAAUGGAGGGGCGAAGGGGGGCAGAGGGGGGUGGGCAGAGGGGGUGAGGUGAAGGGUGAAGAAGACGAGGGGGUGGGGAUCGUGGGGGAUGAAGCGAGGGAGCCAGCAGAGGAAUUGGAGGCAGAGGAGGAGGAGGAGGAGGAGGAGGAAAGGCGGGACCCCACGGAGCUGCUGCUGGAGGAGCUGGCUCAGGCUGAGCUCGACUACGGCUUCCCUGGAGCCAAUGUGAGUCCGCGCACUGUGAGUCGCUGGAACAGCACGAGGGAGGACAGCCUGCAGGCGGUGAAGAGUGUGCUUCUGGAGGCGGAACCCAUCAUUGACUGCGGCCCACGGUGGGCCUUGGCCCGCUACCUGGAGGUGCUGGAGAAGCUGCUGCUCGUGCAGCGGGAAGCUGCACGGAACCUUCUGGACUCGUGCGAGGUCGGCGCGAGGGGGAGUGCGGAGGAGGGGGAGGUGUGGGAAGCGGUGGAGGCGCUGGAAGGACUGUGUGCGCGGGGCGUGCAGCAGCUGCUGGACGACUUCAAAGCGGCGCUGCUGGCCUGCAGCCAACCCCUGGACACAGCAGAGCUUCACGAGGCAGCCGCAGCGGCAGCGGCCCUCUCCUCCCGCUCCUCCUCCUCCGCCCAUCAGGUCCCUGCCCACGCACCCCCCUCUGCCUCCCCCUCCACCUCCGCCUCCCCCGCCCCCGCCGUCUCCUCCCUCUCCUCUAAGUCCGGCCCGCUGCCCACAGCAGCAGCUAAAGCCAAGGGGGGCCAUGGGCACAAGGGGAGUGCGGGCGCGGGGAAGGACGGGGGUGCAGGAGGGGGGGAUGGGGGGAGGCACUCGGCCCCAUUCCCCUCGCCUGCCCCUGUUGAUAGGCAUGGGUCUGCUGGCGGCGCUGGUGCUGGUGGUGCUCGUGCUGGUGCCGGUGCUGGUGCCAGUGGUGGUGAUGAGUCAGGGUCGUUAGUAGGUGAUACUGGGACUGGCACAGGGACAGGGACAGGAAGCACUGUUCGAAGGAGUGGGAGUGGGAGUGGAGGGGCCGGGGGGAGUGGGAGGGGGAAGGGGAGGGAGAGGGAGAGGGAGGGGAAGUUGGUGCGGCGGCCCACCAAGUGGGCAUCGGCGGAUAAGGCAGCAGUGGGGCUGCGGCAAGUGGUGCAGGUGCUUGCACGGGCGGGGCACUUCGACCACUGCUUUGACAUCUACAGGUCUGUUCGGGAGGAGUGCGUGCGGGAGACUCUUAAGGCGUUAGAGGUGGAGCCUAUAAGGGGUACGGCGCACCUGAACCAGCUACCGUGGCAGCAGCUGCAGCACACCAUGACGGACUGGCUCAGGGACUGCCGCCUGCUGUUGCGUACUGUAAUGGAAGAGGAAUUCUCCCUCGCCACUUCCAUCUUCGGCAUACUCCACUCCACCACACAGCACCGCACCGCCAGCCGCCGGGAACCUCCCCACACCCAUCCGCACCCCUCGCAACCCCCUUCCUUCUCCUCCACCACUGCUACUGCUACCGCCAGCACCGCCUUUUCCAAUCCUCGACUCCCCAGCGGCCGCUCUGCCAGCACCCGAUCCACAGCCGGCAGGUCCGUGAGGUCCGGGAGCACUAGGGCCUUGAGGCUCGGCGACGAGGCUGCAGCAGACUCGGGGCGGGCAAUUUCGCUCAAGAUUCUGCGGCAGGCAGGGAUGCCGCGGACGCUGUCGACUCUGAUGCACAAUGCCAACACUAUCACGGCUGCCCAGCCCACCCCUGAGAGGGUGUUCCUGCUGCUGGAUAUGGAGGCCGUUGUGCAGGAGCUCAUGCCACAGGUGGAGCGCCUGGUGUGCUGGUCGGAUAGCGAGGGGCUUCUGGCAGAGUGGAGAGGGCUGACUCGAGGCAUAGCGCGGGCGGUGCUGGGCACGUUCGAUGCGCUCACCGCCACGCUGCAGGUGCCGGUGGAGCAGCCUAGGAAGAACAAGUGGCGGCUGUUUCGAGGCGAGGGCAGCAGCAGCAGCAGGGAGAGCGGGGGAAGUGGGGGGUACCCGCCAGGAUGGGGGGUGGAGAAGAGUGGGGGCGUGCACCCGGUGACCAGCUAUGUGGUCAAUUACAUCGCCACUUACCUUGGCAGGAGCGCCACGUCGUCGCGGGCAUACGGGUACGGCACCAUGUUGGAGAAACUGCUGGAGACGCACGGGCAGGGGAGGACCAUGGAGGAAGAGACGAUGAAGGUCAUAUCUGCGCUGGUGCGCAACAUGGAGGCGCGCGCCGCCACGUGCAACAACCCUCUGCUCAAGUCUCUCUUCCUCGUCAACAACAUCCUCUACAUUGGCCGGUUGAGUGAAAAGAUUCACCUGCCCUUGGAGCAUCAGCAGCUGCUGGAGGCCCAAUCAAAGGCCUUCAGAGAAGCCGGUCUGCAGAAGGUGGCAGCGUCAUUGGGCCCUCGAGGGAGAAGCGCUGCCAUGGAGCCCAACGAAGUCAAUCGACGCCUGCACCGCUUCAACAUCGCCUUUGAGGACCUGGCGCUGGAGCAGAAGGACUGGGUCAUCUGCGAUGGCGCGUGGCGCAAGACCACGGUGCAGGAGUGGGCAGCGCACCUGAAGCAGAUCUACGAGGAGUUCCUGGAGCCGCACAGUGAGUACAUGAGCACUCUCUCCUCGUACCACUGGGAGGCGGAUGCCAUGGAGCGACUCGUGCUCAAGUCCUUCUUUGCCACCUCAAGAUGACACCCUCUUGCGGGCGGCGAGAACGCCUUGUUGAGAGGGAAUAACACUUAGCCGGGCAGCGAAAACACCUUGCAUUGUUAAUGCUGUGCGGGCAGUGAUAAGCGUUCUUGCGAAAAUUGGCUGGUAGCAACCCGCAAGCCCGCAUUAUUCUGCGCUUGCUUUGCAUGCGCAGCUUACGGUAUGGAUAAGGGUUUCACUGUUGCGGUGAUACGGACGAGCCUCCUGGUGUCAGCAAAGUCGAUAGCUUCCUGGCAAUAUGGAAUGAUGAAAGGUGGGCAAUCAAUGCUGGAACUGGCGGGUUCUCUUCACCCUCCUUGGUUUCGAUUGCCGAAUCGUCGGUCCUUAGAGUGCCACGGAUCCAACCCUUUCUAUGAAAUGCUAGAGGAAUUACUGCAGGUCAAAAAGUACAGGAUGGUAGUUAGCAGCUCAGGCUGUAAUGAUUAUCUCCGUAACGUUUGGAGUUUGAAUA